AUGUCGUGUGUUCACUAUAAGUUUUCUUCCAAACUGGGCUACAACACAGUCACUUUCGAUGGGCUGCAUAUCACCCUCAACGGGCUAAAAAGGCUGAUUAUGCGCCGGGAGCGCCUCAAGGCCACAAAAGGCGACCUGCAGAUCACCAAUGCGCAGACUCAUGAAGAAUAUACCGAUGAUGAAGACCAAAUCCCGAGACACUCCUCCGUGAUUGUGCGUCGCAUUCCGUUUUGUGGAGUAAAGCCCACUGGCAGGACGUUCAUUGUACAUCGUUCUCCCGAAGCUGUGGUUCGACCGUCUAGACCCACGGAUUCUUCUCCUUCUAUGUCACUCGCCCAACUCGCCAAGACGGCUAACCUGGUUGACGCAAAUGCAUCAGAGGAAGACAAAAUCAAAGCCAUGAUGUUGCAGUCAAACCAUGAAUAUGACCCGAUACAUUAUUCCAAGAAAGCAGUUGGACCUCCACCCGCUCACUAUACCUGCCAUCGUUGUGGAAAGGCUGGUCACUACAUUGGGCAGUGCCCCAUGCUGUUGGUCCAGGAUAAGAGUGUGGAGGGUCCUAAGCCAGUCAGGAUUUGUAAGGGGAUUCCUCAGAGUUUCAUGGUGAAAGCAGAGCCUGGCAACAAAGGAGCCAUGUUAACCAGCACUGCAGAAUAUGCAAUACCUGCAAUAGAUGCGGAAGCAUACGCACAGGGAAAGAAGGAGCGCCCCCCCUUUGUUCCACAUGACCAGUCAUCGGCUGAGGACGAUGCAGACCCAAUCCCUGACGAACUCCUGUGUCCAAUCUGCAACGACCUGAUGACGGACGCAGUAGUUAUACCCUGCUGCGGAAACAAUUACUGCGAUGAUUGUAUCCGGACGGCCUUACUGGACUCAGAGGAGCACAUCUGUUUCACAUGCGAACAAUCAGAUGUUUCACCUGAUAAUCUCAUCGCCAACAAAUUUCUUCGACAGGCUGUGAAUAACUUCAAGAAUGAAACAGGAUACACCAAACUCGUACGCAAGCAGGUCCAACAGGCAGCACUGCCUCCGCCUCGCCUCCAGUUGUCCAGGCCUCUGCACUCAAGACAGCAGGACCCACUGCUGGCCAAUGUCACUCACCCACCCCCUACAAGCGUACCAACGGCUGCACCUCAAACACAGGUUCAGCCCCCUGCACCCUCUCCUCCUGUUCCUGGUCCUGUUUCUACUGCUGCGACUGUGACUGCUACUGCUGCUGCUCCUAUUCCUCCUCAUGCUGCUGCUGUCGAAGGUCAAGAUGUUUCACCAGCUCCUGCACCUGUCGCUGACCAACAUUCUCCUAUGCACUCUACCGGCCAGGGCGAACCGCCCCUUGCUGGUGAAUUGGAUCCAAAUGCAUCAGAGGAAGACAAAAUCAAAGCCAUGAUGUUGCAGUCAAGCCAUGAAUAUGACCCGAUACAUUAUUCCAAGAAAGCAGUUGGAUCUCCACCCGCUCACUAUACCUGCCAUCGUUGUGGAAAGGCUGGUCACUACAUUGGGCAGUGCCCCAUGCUGUUGGUCCAGGAUAAGAGUGGGAAGGGUCCUACUGGCCAGGGCGAACCGCCCCUUGCUGGUGAAAUGGAUCCAGAACCUACUGUGAGACGAAGCCCAGAAAGUACCCCAGAAAUUGGACCACAUGGCUACCAUUUUUCUGUUCUUGGCCACCCGCCACCGACAAGGCCGCCACAUCCAUCAGGUCACCAGUCACGGCCCCAUCACUCUCACCGAGGGGAGGCAGACACUGGGAGAGGUAGAGAAGAUCACCCCCCCGCCCACCUCCAUAUAGCUCCACCUCCUGGACCAGCUCCUCCGGUGUACCCGUCUCCAUACCUGUACCCGCCCCCACCACAUCUCUACCCUCCUCCUUACACAUCUGGCCUUCUACCUCCUCCUCCAUUCGGUUACCCGCCCCAGCCAAUUUAUGCCCCUGGACCACCGGGGCUCAACCCUCCCUGGAUCCCACCUGGUGUCCAGCCCCCUCUACCCCACCUUGGACCCCUCUCUCAGCCCCCCCUCUCUAAGGAAGAAUUCUACAGACAAAGGCGCCGACAGGACAAAACUACAUCCAAACUGGAUGAAUUUACUAAAGACUUCCACAAAGAGCGUAUGAAGUACAAAAAUUCACCAAAGAGAAGAAGACCAUCUUAUUCCAGGUCCCGGUCAGUCAGUCGCUCUCCAUCCGGCCGCUCUCUGUGCACUCGCUCUAGAUCAAGAUCUAGAUCCAGGACUUACUCUUAUUCCCCAAGUCGAUCCCGCUCCCGUUCCCAUGGGCGGUCUUUUCCACGCUCCCCUUAUUCCAGGCACAAUGGACGCAGUUACGGACGUUCACGGUCAAGGUCCCGCUCACUCUUGCGGUCUCCUCCUCCCUUCCGGGCCGGACCCUGGGAGGGAGCAGAAGGACCAGGACCCUUCAGGUCCCGGUCUCGCUCCCCUGGUGGCUUCCGGAACCGCAGCCCUGGUGGACGGAAGCCACCUCCUCGGGAGCUUCCACCGUAUGAACUCAAGGGACCAAGUCCUGGAGGCCAUGAUCGCUGGGAGAGAGAAAGGUAUCGACAAUGGGAAAAGGAGUGCACAAACUACUACGACUACUACGACUACCCCGACUACGACAACCAACAUCCCUCACUACAUCACAGAGGUCGUGGCAAAAGAGACAGGGAGAGGGACAGAAUGUCUCCGUUACCCAGAGAUUACUCCCCUCAGGGGAGAGGAGGAAGAGGUAGAGAAGAGAGAGGAGCUCCCCCUCACCAUCCGCCAUCCUCUUCAUCAUCAGGGACUAAGUCCAGCACAAAAGUCCUUAAAACAAAGAAAGUAAAAAAGAAGAAGCCCGGGGAGGAAUCGGAGCCAUCACACCAUUCAGCAGACAGAGGUGAUGCUACUCCUGUCAGAGAUGAACCGAUGGAUGAAAUCCCCUCAAUCAAUAAAACACCUCCCAGCUCCUCAAAACCUGCAUCUGGCUCUGGAGUCGCUAAAGCUCCUACUUCUAAAAGUCCUGCUGCACCUGCUAAGCCCUCAAACAAGACCGUAUCCAAGACCCAGUCUGAUAAGACCAGGAAAGAGAAGGCUCAGAAAGUAAAACCUAAAGUGAAGACAGAGGCUGUGAAGACAGAGGCUGUGAAGGAAAAGAACGACAAGGUAAAGAAAAACACAGCAGAAGCAGAAGACUCCUCGUCCUCCUCCUCCUCUGUCGCUAAACCGGUUAAGACCAUUAAAGCAAAUCCAGAAGAUAAUUUCAACUCAACUACCCCCAAAAAGGAAAAGAGUAAAAGCUCUACAGUGAGGCCUCCCCUGCUUAAGACCCCUCCACUCUCCUCCCAGACCCUUACUUACCAUCAAUGCUCCCUCUUGUUGCUCCAGCAGGGAAAGAUGGCGAAGGGUCUGUGAAGAGCAAACCCAGGAUCAGUCGAAAGGUUCUGACGAGCCACAGCAGCUCCACCAGCUCUCGGUCGACUCGGGACAAAGAGAAGCUCAGAAAAAGACCAGAAGGGCCCGCAGCCCAGAGUUAUUUCAGUAUUAUUUCAGUUAAACUAUGAAGCUGAUAAAAAAAAUGUUUUAAUACAUUAACUGUUCUAAUAUAUUAUAUUAUAUAAAUUUUGACAUUGUGAAAUGACAUUAAGAACUCAUUUCCCAGCCUGAAGUUGUAUGUCACCUGUUGUGUACAUGUCAAAAAGUGUGUUAAUAGAUAUAACUUGCAUGUCCCUGCAUCCAUGUAAUUUUUUACUAUAAUAAAGGCAAAGAA